AUGAAAGCUAUUGGUAACAAUGCUACACUGGCUUACAAGUAUAUCACUGCCAGAAAACCACUAAAUGUGACAAACCCGCUAGAUUUAAAUCAGCAGAAAGACCUGAGUAUUACUCGGGCGGCCCGUUUACAGUUACAGAAGACUCAGUAUUUACAGCUUGGUCAGAACCGAGGACAGUACUAUGGCGGCUCUUUGCCAAAUGUCAAUCAAAUUGGAAACACCACUAUUGACCUUCCCUUUCAGACGCCUUUUCAGAAUUCAGGAUUGGACACAAGUAGAACAACUCGUCACCAUGGGCUGGUGGACAGGGUCUACCGGGACAGGAAUCGCAUCACGUCGCCACACCGCAGACCUCUCUCUGUGGACAAACAUGGCCGUCAAAUUGAUAGCUGUCCGUAUGCCUCUGUGUAUCUGUCACCCCCACCUGAUACCAGCUGGAGGAGGACCAACUCAGACUCUGCCCUGCACCAGAGCACUUUUAACCCAAACCCACAAGAUGCAUUUGCAGGAGGAUCUCAAGAUUUGCAGCCAAAACAAGUUCUUCUUCUCACUAUGCCAGGAACAGGGGAAUCUGAGAGUGACAUGGACAAAGAAGGUCAAAAGCAGAUAUGGGAUCACAAAAAGACUACUUCAACAAGGCCCAAGUCAAACAAAAUACCUGGAAUCAACAUAUUUCCGUCUCCAGAUCAGGAAAUGAUUACAUCUCUAAUCCCAGUGGCACACAACACGGGCGGCUCUCUGCCAGACCUGACCAACAUCCAGAUUCCCCCUCCUCUCCCCACACCUCUGGACCCUGACGACUCUUCUUCCUCUCUCAGUACCUCCAACAGCACUGGCAACCUGGCCAACACUCACAUGGGCCUCACUUCUGCCAGCCAAGCCCAGCCCACAGUGACAGUGAGCAUUCAGCGCCGGCAUGAGAAUGUAGUUCCUCUGAUCCUCAACACAGACUCCCAGCAGCACCCGAGUUUUCAGCAGCUGUCGCCCACCCUCUCUCCUCCGCUCUCUAUAGCACAGGCGGUGACGAUAGACGCCAUGUCGCUGGAGCAACAGUUGGCUCAGUAUGCUUUCUUCAGUCAGCCGUCCACACAGACACAGGGGGUCGGUGGGCUUCCUCAGCUCCAGCAGAACACCCAGCUGCCACCUGUCUCAUGCAGCCAGACACAAACCUCUGUGGGCAUUGAUAUUAACACGGCUGCUUCCCUCCAGCAGUACCGCUGUAGGGUGGGGUCUUCGGCCAAUCAGUCUCCAACUUCUCCGGUCUCCAAUCAAGGCUUCUCUCCGGGGGGCUCGCCUCAAGCGGUGACGAUAGACGCCAUGUCGCUGGAGCAACAGUUGGCUCAGUAUGCUUUCUUCAGUCAGCCGUCCACACAGACACAGGGGGUCGGUGGGCUUCCUCAGCUCCAGCAGAACACCCAGCUGCCACCUGUCUCAUGCAGCCAGACACAAACCUCUGUGGGCAUUGAUAUUAACACGGCUGCUUCCCUCCAGCAGUACCGCUGUAGGGUGGGGUCUUCGGCCAAUCAGUCUCCAACUUCUCCGGUCUCCAAUCAAGGCUUCUCUCCGGGGGGCUCGCCUCAACACUCAUCCAUUUUCGGAAGUGUCUUUGCUGAUGCCUUUUACGACCAGCAGUUGUCCCCUCGGCAGACCAGCGCUUUGUCUCAGCAGCUGGAGCAGUUCAACAUGAUUGAGAAUUCCAUCGGCUCAAGCAGUCUGUACACUGAGGGAUCCACUCUAAACUACUCUCAAGCUGCGAUGCUCAACCUCACCGGGAGCCACGGCAACAUGCAGGAUGCGCAGCAGCUAGGCUACAGUAGCCAUGGGAACAUCCCCAACAUCAUUCUCACAGUUACAGGAGAGUCUCCCUCGAGCCUAUACAAAGAGUUGUCCAACUUUCUGACAGGUGAUGUGAGCUUUGAUGCAGAUUCACAGUUUCCUCUGGAUGAGCUGAAAAUUGAUCCGCUGACGCUGGAUGGCCUGCACAUGCUCAACGAUCCAGACAUGGUUCUGGCCGAUCCCGCCACAGAAGAUGCUUUCCGGAUGGACAGGCUGUAAUCUUUAGGUAUACAAGGUUCAUUUGUCCUUUUUUGAGAUCGGUGUGAUUAAGUGGGAGAGAAGGAGCAUGUCUGGGGGACACUUGACCCUGUUUCUCAAAGCCCAUCCUCUGGGAAGAUAUUGCUGAGAAUGUUGCCACAGCAUGCUAGGGGAAAAAUGGAAAAGCAGUGCUGCCACAUCUAAUGAAUCAACCUUUUGAGCAAGAAGCCCAUCGUUUCUUAGGAUAAUACACUCUCGCACCUCAGCAAUUGUGGUUCCUUUAGCUCUAUAGAAUGAAUGUGACACUACAUAAGAUCCCUCAAUGUUCAAGCAUGCGUUCUUUCAUUUCAUUUCCUGUAGAAGCCUCUCCUCCUCCUUCUGAUGCCUGCCAUACAUGCCUGUUACUUUCCUUUUUUCUUUAAAUAUAAAUAUUUAGUUAUGCACUUUUAUACAUGCAUAUGCCACAAAAAACAUAGUUUAUGAUCUGUUUUUAAUUUAUUUUCCUAUACAAAUAUUUCUUGCUUGUAAGAACAUUGUUAAAAAGGAGUGUUAUUCCUCCCCUAUUUAAGGGCAGUUUUCAUGCACCUGCAACACGUUUAUCUUUACACAUCAACACUAAUGUACUUCAGUGCAGUCUGAACAUAUGAUUGUAAUGUUUAAUAGAUGUCUAGCUUUGUCACGUUGUGCUCAGAUAGUGGUACUGUGCUAAUGUGGCUCAAGAUGAUCAAAUUCAUCUGGUUGAAAAGUGUACAACUGAAAAUCAGAAGACACAUUUACACAUUUAAUGGGAUUAUUCACCAAAAAAAUUAAGUUCUGUGAUCAUUUGCUCACUCUCGUGUUGUUUCAAACCUGUAUGACUUUCGUCUGUGGAAAAAAAGAAUUUUUAAGAAUAGUGGCGUAGCGCAUAUCUGUGAGAAAAUGAGAUUGGGCCCUUCCCACCAGCAGUGAUGUCAUGCAUGAAAAUGUAUUGUGCACCUGCUGCAACAUACUCUAUCUCUCCCAUUUACUGAUUUAACAGUAAUGAGUGUGGUGAAUUACCAUUGCAUCGAUGCAUUUGACAUUGUUAAAUAACAUGUGUAUUUGAUAUAGCUUUUUAGUCUGAAAUCCUUGCAGGAAUAAAAAUUUUGUCUAUGCACGUAGAGGCGAAAGUGCAAAUAGUAGGAGAAUCCUUCAACAAAAAUUAUAAUACACAAACAUCUGUUAUAAGCCCCAGUACAUAUUUUUUACAGUAUACAGUAAGCUCAAUAAAAUUAAGUUCAAACGCUGACCUAGAUCAGCAUCGCUAAUUGUAGAAAGGAAAUUAUACAAGCAAACUUCAUGUCUUGCAGUAAGAAAAUGACCAGUAAAAAGUCUUUGAGAAAAACAUACAUUAAAGAAUAACUCUGUACUUUAGGAUAUAUGCUACAUUUUGUGGGGGAAACAAAAUUACUUUUUAGGGGCACAAAGUCUUUCACUGCCGCUUUAAUGUCGAUGUUGCGAGCUCGGGCAUUCUCAGUAGUCAAAAGAGAUAAACUGGACAGUCUUUCUUGUAACAUUGUGUUUCUGGAGAAAGUCUUGAUCCCUUUCAAUUUCGAGAACGAACAAUAGCAGUUGUAUGGCAAAGUCUGGUGACAAGCUGUCAGUGUACUGAACCGCUAAAACAUUUGCCAUUUGAAUCAGGUUGUUGUCAGAGAAGGACCAGGGCACAGAAACAUAGUUUGUGUCAUCAAAGUGUAGCUAUACUGAAUUUGGUCUUUUAAUGUGUUAAUGCAUUAAGCCACAUUAAGCGUAAUGAUAAGCUAAAAUGUGCUUUAUGUGGUAACAUCUACAUUCAUUUUAUUAAAAAAAAUCUUAUAACAUUAUACAUAUAUUAGAUUACAUCAACAAACCUAAAUGUAAGGGUAAGAACAGGUAGAAAUAGCUCUGUAAAAAAAAAGAGACCGUACGUUUUUGCCAAAUUCCACUGUAACCACAUUGUCUUGUGAUUUUCAAAGCAAAAACACGUUCUGUGAAUGCCUUUUAGAAAAGAAAAAAGCCAGGGGUGUCCUGUACGCCUGUGUAAGAACUGUUUUUGUCCAUUCAUUGAAAGUCAGUGGAGUCCAAAACAAAACAUUU